AUGAGGGGUCAUCAUUACAAAUUCAACCCUCAGAAACACAAGAUCAAAAAUGAUUAUCCGGAUAAUGCUGAAAGAAACGGGACGUCAACUCUCCGUCGGCAUUUGGUUAUAUGCAAGGGAAUGCCUAGUAAGUUUAUUGAAAUGUCAGAGAUGCUUGCUCAAGACGAAAUGAUAAUAGCCAAAAAAAUUGAUGGUAUGAUGGUUCGUAAGUUUUUAGCUAUGGCGAUCAUAGAGCACGAUCUUCCUUUUUCCUUUGUGGAGUAUAAGAGAGUUAGGCAAUUGCUUAAGUACAUGAAUCCGGAUUUUAAUCCAAUUUCUAGGAAUACUAUUGUUGCUGAUGUCUUGAGAUUGCAUCAAGGUCAAAAAGAGAAGCUAAAAAGGGAGAUAGCUUCUAUUUCUAAUAGGAUUUGUUUGACGGCUGAUGUUUGGAGAUCUAUAGCUAUCGAAGGAUAUAUAUGUAUCACUGGACAUUAUGUCGAUAAUAGCUGGAAACUAAACAGUAAGAUACUAUCUUUUAGUGCCAUGCCCCCUCCACAUUCUGGGAAUGAGUUGGCAAAGAAGGUUCUCGAUUGUUUGAAAGAUUGGGGGAUAGAAAAGAAAAUCUUUUCUCUCACGCUUGAUAACGCAUCAGCUAAUGAUACCAUGCAAAGUAUAUUGAAGGAUCAACUUUGCCUACAAUAUGGAUUGUUAUGCGAUGGGAAGUUUUUUCAUGUUCGGUGUUAUGCACAUAUUUUAAAUCUUAUUGUGCAAGAAGGGCUAAAAGUGGUUGAUUCUGCUCUAUAUAAAAUUAGAGAAAGCGUGAAGUAUGUAAAGUGGUCAGAGGGAAGGAUGAAAAUGUUUAAGGAAUAUUGUGAGCAAGUUGGCGUUGAAACUGGGACGGGUUUGCAUUUGGAUAUCCCCACUAGAUGGAAUUCUACUUAUACGAUGCUUAAAGUUGCUAUCAAGUAUGAGCGUGCUUUUAGUAGUUUGCAGUUACUUGAUAGAAGCUACAAGUAUAAUCCAUCAAGUCAAGAGUGGCAACGAGGAGAAAAGAUUUGUGAUUUUUUGGAGCCAUUCUACGAGAUCACUAACUUAUUUUUUGGGUCUAAAUAUCCUACCUCCAAUUUGUAUUUCUUCCAAGUAUGGAGAAUAGAGUGUUUGCUAAAAGACUAUAUGACAAAUGGAGAAGAUGAAAUGAUUGAAUCUAUGGCCAACAACAUGAAGGAGAAGUUUGACAAGUAUUGGGAGGAGUAUAACAUAACCUUUGCAUUAGCAGCUGUUUUAGAUCCUAGAAUGAAGUUGGAAUUAUUGGAAUUUGCCUACAAUGAGGUUGAUCCAACUAAUUCCAAGGAAAAGAUAGAUAUUGUUUUCAAAGCAUAUGAGAGAAGAACUGCUGCACAAGAGGAACGAUCUGCUUUGGAAAUAUAUUUGGACGACAAAAGGCUAGAAAUGAAUGAGUUUGAUGAUAUCGAUGUGCUACAAUUUUGGAAAAAUCAUAAGCAGCGGUAUGGUAACUUAACUCAGAUGGCGUGCGAUAUACUUAGUAUUCCUAUCACAACAGUGGCAUCUGAAUCAUCUUUUAGCAUUGGCUCUCGUUUGUUGAACAAAUAUAGAAGUCGUCUUUGUUCGUCUAACGUCGAAGCGCUUAUUUGCACGCGAAAUUGGUUGAUUGGUUAUGAGAUCGGUGUGAAUGGUGAAGAAUGCGAUGGUGAAGAUAAUGAUCAUAUUGAAGUGGUUGUUGAUGAUGACACUGGUAAAAACACAUAG